CGUUUUCGUUGUUUAAAUUCGGAUAUUGAUUGAACAAACAGUACACGGAUCCGAUCAAUAGGCCUAACUACUAUUGCUAUCAGGCACACAGACAGUUCAUAAGUGGGCAUGGCAGUUAUUGCGUUUUGAGGUGACGACCCACUGAAUGGGAGGUAGUGCUGGACAGAGUCAGACCUUGGGAUACAACAGGAGAAGAGCAGAGCAGCAGUGCACCGAUGGCCAACCCCACCCCUCCACCGGGUUUGCUGUGAGGUUAGAGAAAAAGUGAGGAGGAGAAAGUGAACUGUACUAGAUGCCAUGAUGGAGGACGACCAGCCCAAGUUGAAGCCGCCUACACCUUCACCUUCUCCCUUGCUGGACCUAGAACACAGUCCCGGAGCCUCGCCAGUAACAAACCAUGCAGAGUUCCUGGGUGUGAACCAGAUUCAGGUGGUGGUGAGACGGAGCUCCACCCCCCAGGUCACGGAGGAGACCUACUUUAUCCCCCGUAACCCGGUGGUGGAUGCGGGCACCAACACCGACCCGGUCAUCUGCUGUGGCAGGCUCCGCCGGGCAUGCCCCUGCCCGCCCCGAGGCCUCCUGGCCUCCCUCAUCACCAAGGUUGUCAUUGCAUUAGUGCUGUUUGGCGUGGUCUGGUCCAUCACAGAGGAGGAGUGUCUGCCGAGGGGGAACCUGUUUGGCAUCACCGUGCUCUUCAUCUGCUCCGUCACCGGGGGCAAACUGGUGGGCCUCAUACGGCUGCCCAAACUGCCUCCCUUUCCCCCGCUCCUGGGUAUGCUAUUGACGGGCUUCCUGCUGCGUAAUAUCCCCGUGGUAACGGAUGCCGUGUACAUCGACUUCCGAUGGUCCGCCGCCCUGAGGAACAUUGCCCUCGCUGUCAUCCUGGCCCGAGCAGGCCUGGGAUUGGAUGGCUCAGCUCUGAAGAAGCUUAGUAUGGUGUGUAUACGUGUGGGAAUGGGACCCUGCAUCAUCGAGGCAUGCACCAUCGCCAUCGUCUCCCACUUCCUCAUGGGCCUGCCCUGGAUAUGGGGAUUCAUCCUAGGGUUUGUGCUGGGAGCCGUGUCCCCGGCUGUGGUGGUUCCCUCCAUGCUGCUGCUGCAGAAGGAUGGCUACGGCUUGGAGCAGGGUAUCCCUACCCUCCUCAUGGCCGCCGGCAGCUUCGAUGACAUCCUGGCCAUCACCGGCUUCACCACCUGCAUGGGCAUGGCCUUCGCCACCGGCUCCAUGUGGUACAACUUGCUGAGGGGUAUACUGGAGGUGGGAGGGGGAAUGGUAGCUGGGGUACUGCUGGGAUUCCUGCUGCGCUACUUUCCCAGCAAAGACCAGGACAACGUUGUGAUGAAGCGCUCAUUCCUGCUGCUGGGCCUGUCGGUGUUUGCCGUGUUCGGCAGCAACGUGGCCGGUUUCCCCGGCUCGGGGGGCCUCUGCACCCUGGUCCUCGCCUUCCUGGCCGGCCUGGGCUGGAGAAGGUCAAAGGUCCCUGUGGAGGACAUAGUGGGUAUUGCCUGGGAGGUGUUCCAGCCACUGCUGUUCGGCCUGAUCGGGGCCGAGAUCCAAAUCUCAGAGCUGGACAAAAACACCGUCGGCCUGGGCAUAGGCUGUCUGGCCAUUGGUCUGCUGGUGCGUGUUCUCUUCACCUUCGUCUGUGUGCUGUGUGCCGGCUUCAACUUCAAAGAGAAGCUCUUUAUUGCUCUGGCCUGGCUACCCAAAGCCACCGUACAGGCGGCCAUCGGCUCCACAGCGCUGGACAUGGCCCGCACCAAGGAGGAUAAGGAGCUGGAGAAGUACGGCAUGGACGUGCUGACAGUGGCCGUGCUCUCCAUCCUGCUCACCGCCCCCAUAGGGGCCCUUGUCAUAGGACUCACAGGACCUCGCCUGCUGCAGAAACCAAAGAACCCUGCCUGGGAGCGGGAGCAAAGCGGAACUAUAACUGACACCCCAAUCACCUACGAGAGUACCCUCUGAUAACAAACCAACCUCAGUGGCGGGAACCAGGAAGUACACUUCACCAAGGAGAAAAUUACAUGGAUGGAUCAUAGGGAAAUGGGGGCACUUCAAGGGUGCAUCUAAAAUGGCAUCCUAUUCUAGUGUAAAAAUUGCACCAUAUUCCCUUUAAAGUGUGGUACUGUAUAGAGAAUAGGGUUCCUAUUUUAGACUCAGGUGACACCCAGGAUAUUGCCUUUCAGACAGGGGGGUUUUCAGAGGGGCUUUGCCACCUCUCUCAUCUGUCUAUCCGUGUAUCUGUCCUUGGUGUGUUUGACAUCCUGCAGCGUUUAUUUAUAUCUCCCCCAAGGGUAGUUUCCAGACUCGAGCUACACCUGCCACUCAACCAACAAGCCACUAUAUCCAAGCAUUCUACACUAUACUGUAAUGUUACGAUACAACGACUGAAAAUUCAGUAAUGCUACUACUAAAAUGAUACCCUAUCAUUAAAAGUGGUUCUAUGAGCAGAGCCACUAGAAUUGUGACAUUGACCAUCAGGCAUGUUGUGUGUUCAUUAUCAUACUGUCAUUCACUGUAUGUACGCCCUCACAACAUUUAUUUUUUGUCCUUAGGCCUUACGCAUCAAUUAUUUACCAGCUGCUGAUGUUGUAUUCUGUGUGCAUGUAAUGUAUUUAUGAGAAGUGUUGUACUAGUUUGUUAUGCAGUUUGAUACAGAGAAAAUAUUAUUUUUAGCGAUGGACGGUUGUUGCUAGCGUGCUAGCUAGACUCAGGACAAAGGCAAGAUGAUUUUAUUUAUUGUACGUUUCCAUUUUAAGCAAUAUUCAGAUAAUGUUGUGCAGUGUGCACUAAAUGUGACCAAAUUAUGUCACAAAAAACAUGAAUAAUAUGGGCCCCUAGCUAAGAUCUAUUUAAGACGGGUCUUUCAGGCAGAAUCGGUGUGGCUCAGAUAAUCGAGUCACAUUCCGAGCAAUAUACUGUAAAAUCAAUGUUUAAGAAAAGACUGCCAAAACAGUUUUUGUUCUAUUCAUUUUAUCAUGUUUUUAUUAUUCUUAAUAUUAUUCAUUAUUUAUUGUGCAGUUGAUUUAGAGAUUUCUUUGUUACGUUUGUAUGGACUCUUGAAAGAGUCCCUUGGGUUUUUCAGUAGUAAUUUGUGGUAUAUCAUACCAUGUAAGAGUGCUGUAUAGCUCAACCAGAAUAUUAUACCCGGAAAUGAUUUGAUAUUGAGAUAAAAACGUCUGCACUGGCCCUUUAACAAAGGUGGUAGUCUUUUGACACUCAGUGUAAGAAAACAUUAAGGACACCUUCCUAAUAUUGAGUUGCAUCCCUUACUUUUGCCCUCAGAACAGCCUCAAUUUGUCUG